GGUCAGUCCAAGUGAGAGAGCUGUGAGGCUUACAGGAAGGAAGGAGAUGGUUCCCGGGAACUCGAGAAAUUUUGGAGGCGAAUCUACAUCGACUGGAAAAAAAGACUGUCUCACUUACACGAAUCUAUCAAAAAACUCAAAGAGAAACAGAGCAAAAAAAAAAAGGUCAUAUAAUUGAGGGAAAAAUAAAAAGAAACGACGCCUGAGAGAUUCGAACUCUCGCGGGGAAACCCCAUGUACUUAGCAGGCACACGCCUUAACCACUCGGCCAAAGCGUCGUGUGACAAGUGUCCCUGCAUUUUAGCUAUAAAAUUGCAAGUACUUAUCGUUAUCCAGCACGAGCAGUCGCACCACUGUAAACAAAUGUCCAUUGGUUUUGGAGGACAUGUUUCCAAUCCCCUAGCUUCCUUCCUAUCUCCCCAUAAUUCUCUCUGUUGCACCACUUUCAAGUCCACCACUUUAUCAUGCACUCCCAACAUUGUUUCAAAUGCUUUUGUGAUGAAACUGAAAGCACCCAUGAAGCAUCUUCCCAGGGGUUUUCGGCACUGGCAGCAGAUGCUCCAUGGGAUAAUGGAAGUGUGUGGAGCACUAUGGCUUCUAUAUGUUCAGUUGCACAUUCCUAUAUGUUUUGGAGGGUUGUCCGUGGCCGCUCAUCUGUUGCAUGAACCUACUCUUGAUCCACAGACAGAGGCAAUAUCAUUGCUUGAGAGCUCAUUGCAGCUCUGUUGCUUCUGCAGAGUACAGCUAAGCCACAAUAGAAGUUUGUGGAUUUCUUCAAGGCUAACAAACCAUCAAAAGAAAGGAGCUGGCUGUUGGCAUCAUUCGUAGGAUGUGGCUUUCUGUUCGCGUUGGUUUUCUUCCUUCUUUGCUGAUAGAGUCGUUGGGCCCAAGGUUAGCGUAAUUCUCUGGUUUUCUUAUUAUACUUAAUAACCGAAGGUAAUCUGCACAAAAACAAACUGACCAAAAUGAACCAAAGGCAAUCAGAAACCUGGAAGCAUAUAUUUUGUUGCAUGGCCUGAUGACUUGGUUUGCUGCUGACAUGAUUCUGCAGCUGACACUCUAGCGCUACUUAGUGAUUCGUAAACACAUAUUUUAGAUAACGAGAUGGCAGGAUUUCAGCAUUUUUAUGUUGGUUGAUGUUUGGUAGCGGCGAAUGAUAUCAUAGAAAUAGGAUCUCAAAACUGCAUCACACAAGUCUAAUACGUUUCCGUUGUCAAAUUCUUCUCAAAUUCUUAUUACAUCCCAUUCAUUUUUCUCUAAACGAAAAGAUCAGCAGUUUAACAAUGUUCUGGAAAUGCUGUUCUCUUUCAAGCACUGAAGGAAAUCUUGUCAAUUAAGCAGCAACAUCUCACAAGCUGCUUGUGUCCUCGUAUACUGCAUUGUCACUCCCGUGCUGGAAGAAACUGUAAAUUUGGUCCACUACGAAAUGGCAGUCUGCGGUUUUGAAAAGCUCGGCUAUUUUUAGUGCAGCUCACUCAUCAGGUGAGAAUUUCUUACAGUUGUUCAUCAUUGGAUGUGUACUUGGAUGUUCUUAUUCUUGGACCGGAAACUUGAGCUCUUACUCGAUUUUGUAACCACUUUAAGUAACUCGCACU